AUGGUCGGAAGCCGCCGCCGCCGCGGAAGAGCGCGGCUGCCGCCGCAGAGUGCCGAGCCGCCGCCGCCGCCUCCGCCGGAGGAGGAGGAGGAUGCAGCUCUCAGCUCCAGAGAAGUUACCACUGUGGAGAGGCCCUCUAAGAAAACCUGCUCUGCCUCAGCCUCGACCACGUUGGCUUUGUCUGGACCUUAUGUUUGUGGAGAUCUGCUGGACAGCCUGCUUCCUGAAAUUCUGCUUCACGGGAUUAUUGCUCUGUUUGACUCAUUCCAUGACUUCCUUGCUUUCAUUAGCACCUGCCGCUCUUGGCGCACUGCUGUUUCUACCCUUCCCUUUGUGUAUACAUUCAGUUUCCCGCCACUUCACUUCAAACCAGAUGGUCCUUAUGUUCAUCCACAUAGCGGCCGUAUCAAGCCCAUCCUUUUAUCUAAUUGCAAAUGGCAGCUCAGUGAUCCUAGCAAGAAAAACUCAUCCCUUGCGUGUUCAGUGCCUAAAAAUAGUCCAAAUAAAAUUUACUAUUUGGGCUGCUCAUAUGGGUAUCUUAUCUUCUCCCACAAGGAGCACUGCCUCCUUGUCGAUGUGUACACUGGUACCAAGGUGAUGCCCCCCAAACUCCCACCUAACAAUGAUCUUGGGUACUUUUGUGGCAUAGGCAUCCUUACGGCCCCAUUGAUUUCACCCAACUCUCGCCUCCUCCUUUUCUCAAGAGAGUCCAUGUUUGAGUGGCAGGUUGGAACACACUCCUGGUCAGAGCAUACCCUUACUCUUGAUUAUGAACUCAUCUAUCAGAUUGUCUUCUUCAAAGGUGAUAUCAUUGUCGUAGAAAAUCCUCUAAGGCUCCACACUGUACACUUGACACCUCAGUUCAGCAUGCAAGAAUUAGAAAUUAAAAAGGAGUUUGCGCCUAUAAACUCAUGGUUGGUGGCCUGUGAUGACAUGCUACUCAUGGUUGACCAAACGUACUCUGGUGAAUCAGCAAUCUUUAGGGUCUUUCGCCUCAACUUUUCUGUCAAGCCAGCUAAGUGGGUUAAGUUGGACAAGUUGGAAAAUUAUGCCCUGUUUGUCAGCCUCGAUAGAAGGAAUCCUACAUUUUGUUGCAUGAGCCCGGAAAGAUGGGGAGGAAAGAGUAACUGCAUUUAUUUUGCGAAGCUAUCUAAAGAUCCUGGUGAAACUUGGACUGCGGUCGAGCUUGGUCAGCCAGUGCCAAACAAUGUAGUUAACUUCAUUUUCUAUGCUAUUUCCACCCCUCCUGACUGUGGUCUACUAAGUAGCCUCUGGGUGUUCCCCAGUUUAGUUUAUGGUUCUGGCUAGUACAUCUUUCUAGUCUUGCACAAGACCUGCCUCUGGCGUUCUAUCUUAUUUCGCAACUAGUUCUGUAGCUGUAAUGGUUUUCUGACUUUGGGACCAAUAUUUUGUGUCCAAGUACAAUUAAUCAUCUGUAUGGGCAUGCUGCUGUUACUACUGGUUGUAUUCUGGUGAACAUCGGCAUUGCAUUUGUUAUCCGGUUGUACCUGUAGAUGCAGCAGUAGAAUGGUCACAUGUGUUUCAACCAUGUGUUGUUAAAUGAGACGUGUAUUGUCAAAUGUAACCUGGGUACCAUUGUGGACAAACUUGUCGUGUAUUCAGCUGUACCUGCCUUAAAAAUGUCAUCUUGGAUAA